AUGAUUUCCAAUGUUGGCCGCAACGUUGAUGCCACUUCGGGCGAGGUCUGGUGGAGUGAGCGUCGAGGCUCGGCGCGGGCGUCCGAGUCAGGGUGCUCCGGGUCGAACCCCUGCACCAGCUGCCUCAAGCGCAAGCUCACCUGCGUCUUCCCCAGCCAGAUGACAGCCAAGCGAGGAAAGGCCAUCACCCUCGACCAGGGCAAACACCUUACGCAGAUCACCUUUGCCGUCUCCUCCUCCUCGUCAUCCUCCUCCUCGACGCCCCCCGUCGUCUUCACCCCCUCCCCGUCACCACCCCUGCCCGACCCGACAGCCCACGCCCUCUCCCUCUUCACAGUCUUCAUCACGCGCAACAGCUUCACGGGCCAGCCGAUGACCUACCUCGCCGACCUGCCGCCCCUACUCAGCCCGUCCUCGCCCCUGCUCCCGGCCCUGCACGCCCUGGCCAACCUGCAGCUCCGCCGCCCGCGGCCCGCCCUCGAAGCCUACGGCGCAGCCAUAGUCUCCCUGCGCCACACUCUUGCCUCCGCGCCAGCCGCCUCCGUUCCGACGAGCGGCGCCGCCACCCCGGCCUCCGCCGCCGAUGCGACGCGUACGACCGUCCUCUGGACAACCUUCCUCCUCGGCCUCUUCGAGCUCAUGACCGACGCCUCGGGCGCGGGCUGGGUGCAGCACAUGGUGCACGGCACGGCGCGGGCUCUCGUGGCGCUGGGGCCCGCGGCGUGCUCCGCCCGCAGCAGCAGCGCCGUGGGGCGUUUCUUCCUGCAGGUGCGGGCGUUCGAGGCCUGCCGCGCCGUCAUCUUCAACGAGGUCUCGUUCCUGGGGGAGGACAGCUGGCGGGCCGUCUUUGGGGGGCAGACGGAGGAGGAUGCCGUGCUGGAUGUCAUUGUGCGCUGCUCGGGGCUGCGUGUUCG